AUGGCCAGCAAAGCUGAUUGCCUCAAGAAGUACCUCAGGGGUGCCCGAAAGCCUCAGGGGCCCCCUUCAGGUGCUCAGGGUGGUUUAAGACUGGGAGAGGAUGAGGAGUUGGACCUGCGCCCAGCGCGACGGAGAGGGGGUCCCUCAGCGGCUCGCGGGGGGCAGGGGAGGCGGACGCUGUUUACUGUGUUGCGUCAAGCAGAAGACGGCGCCAGGUACUUGUUUAAAGAUGAAAAUGCAUUGGAGAUGGAGGACGAGGAUCUGCUGGGGUCAGAUCCCGAGGAGGUGCGGGUUGUGGGGGAGGACGGGCAGGCCCUCGUGCUUAGUGAAGCAGACAAGGCGAAAAUCAACGAACUUAUUGCAAGAGAGGAACAAGAGGAAGACGAGGAUGUGCAACACAGAGGGGUUUCCGCCGCCCUCCUCAGAGGCCGCAGGGUUCGAUGUCGUGCACGGGGGGGAGCUGAGGCCCCCCUUCCAAAGGACAACAGCAACAGCUGGAAGGAGGCUUUCGCGUUAGAGGGGCCCGUUGGUGAGGUGAGAUCUUCUUAUCUGUCUGCUGCUAAUCCUUACGAGGAGCGCGAGAGGAGGCGGCUGGGGUUGCAGGCAGGUGGAGAAGGGACACAGAUUGAAGAGCAGGAGGAGGGAGUUGCUGCAGCACGUCAGGACCCAGGAAGUAGAGACAUCUCUCUCCCAAGAGGAAGAGCAGAUGCCGAAAUAGACAUCUCUCCCCCAAGAAGAAGAGCAGAUGCUGAAAGAGACAUAUCUCCCCCAAGAAGAAGAGCAGAUGCAGACAGAGGCGUCUCUCCCCCAAGAAGAGCAGAUGCAGACAGAAACAUCUCCCCCCCAAGAAGAGCAGAUGUAGACAGAGACAUCUCUCCCCCAAGAAGAAGAACAGAUGCUGGAAGAGACAUGUCUCCGCCGAGAAGAAGAGCAGAUGCAGGCAGAGAUAUCUCCCCCCCAAGAAAAAAAGCAGAUGCAGACAGAGAUAUAUCUCCACCCCGGAGGCCCCGGGGGGGUCCUGAACCCAUUCUGCUCGCAGGGCCCCCCACGGGCGGCGGAAGAGCUUCCUCUCUUCGUUUAAACUCAGCGCAGGAGGGGCACCAAGGAAAGCAGGCGCAAACAUCUUCUUCAGGAGAAAGAGACAUCUCUCCACUACGUCCUAACGCAGGCGGGGAGGUAGAAAAUAUGGAGGAGACGAGACAAGAAUAUCCGGGAGACCGCAGACCUACGAAUCGAGUUGUGUUUCGAGACAGAGAGGGAAGAAUCAUCUCUGAAGAGGAAUGGCUAGCUCUCGAGGGAGAAAAGGGGAGAAAAAAGCAAAGGGAAAGGGGGCCGGCGCCGGUUUUGGAGUGGGGAGCGGGUCUGAAGCAGAAAGAAGACAGAAAGGCGAGGCAAAGAGAAGAAGAAAAAAUAGCCAAACAACCGUUCGCAAG